GUAGGGCAGAUGGAUGAACCAAGCAAUCCAGCAAGUUCACCAGGGCGUCGGAGGAUAAUCGAGUUCUCAAGCUCUCCGCCACGUGACAGAUCAGAAGCCAAUCGAUCUGAGAAUUUGCCUGCGUUUGAGGAUGAAACAAACAUUCUUGGUCGAGAUGUGGAGGAAGAGGAUGAGGGUGAAGGGGAAGAUCUGUUCGGGGACAAUAUGGAGAGGGACUAUCAGCCAAUCCCUGAACUGGAUACUUACGAAGAGGACCUCAUAGAUAGAGGGGAAUAUGCCACAUUGAGCCCUGGAGCCAGGGCAGCUGCAGAAAGUGACAUGAGAGAAAGAGACCGUGCAAUGGCUGACAGGGGAGAUGGUCGAAUGCGACGGGGGAUCUUAUUCGAUGCAGCUGACGAGGAUGCUAGACCAGGGAGAAGAAGACGUAUCAUUCAACAGGCUGGUGAAGAUGAACCUAUGGAUGACAUGCCUGAAGCUAUUGAGAAUCUUGAAGAUCUCAAGGGACAUUCUAUUUCAGAGUGGGUUUCUAUGAUUGGACCUAGAUUGGAAAUAAAGAACAGGUUUAAGCAGUUUCUGCGUACAUAUGUGGAUGAGAAGGGAGCAUCAGUUUACCGUGAGAAGAUGAGACAAAUGUGUGAAGCUAACAAACAAAGUCUGAUUGUCAGCUACAAUGGUUUAGCUGCUGAACAAUCUGUCAUUGCUUACUUCCUCCCUGAGGCACCAAAAGAAAUGCUGUCCAUUUUCGACGAAGCCGCAAAAGAAGUAGUCCUGUCCCUGUUCCCAAAUUAUGACAGGAUUGCCACUCAAAUUCAUGUGCGAAUAUCAGAGUUACCCUUACUUGAAGAGAUAAGAUCUCUCCGGCAGCUGCAUCUCAACCAACUGAUCAGGACCUCAGGAGUAGUGACAAGUCACACCGGCGUGCUUCCUCAACUAAAUCUCGUCAAGUUCGACUGUACCAAGUGUGGUAACAUUAUCGGCCCUCUAGUCCAGGCUCAAGGAAAAGAGGUCAAACCAACUUCCUGCCCUGAGUGUCAGUCUUAUGGACCUUUCGAGGUUAACAUGGAGCAAACGGUAUACCAGAAUUAUCAGAGAAUCUCCAUCCAGGAGAGUCCGGGGAAGAUAGCUGCAGGUCGUCUACCUCGUCAGAAAGAUGCUAUUUUGUUAGGAGAUCUAGUGGACAUUUGUAAGCCAGGAGAUGAGGUAGAGCUCACUGGGAUCUACACUAACUCGUUUGAUGGGUCACUCAACACCAUGAACGGGUUCCCAGUAUUCAGCACCGUUAUAGAGGCUAACUAUGUUGUGGUCAAGGAGGAUAAAGAGGCGGUUGAUAACUUGAAUGACGACGACAUUAAGGAGAUUCUAGCUCUGAGCAAGGAUGAGAGCAUUGGUCAGCGAGUAUUCAACAGUAUAGCUCCUUCCAUUUACGGACACGACAACAUCAAACGUGCGAUUGGAUUGUCUCUGUUCAGUGGCGUCCCCAAGAACCCCGGUAAAAAGCACAAAGUCAGAGGAGAUAUCAAUAUCCUGCUGUGUGGAGAUCCGGGCACAGCUAAAUCUCAGUUCCUGAAAUACGUAACUAAAGUGGCUCACAGACCUGUGUUUACAACAGGUCAAGGUGCGAGUGCUGUCGGUUUGACUGCCUACGUUCAGAAGCAUCCUGUCACCAGGGAGUGGACAUUGGAGGCUGGAGCUCUUGUUUUAGCUGAUAACGGAGUUUGUUUGAUUGAUGAGUUUGAUAAGAUGAACGAUUCUGAUAGAACUUCCAUCCACGAAGCUAUGGAACAGCAAACCAUUUCCAUCUCCAAAGCCGGUAUUGUUGCUCAACUACAGGCCCGGUGUGCUAUUAUAGCAGCUUCAAAUCCCAUCGGAGGUAGAUACGAUCCGUCGCUUACCUUCGCAGAAAAUGUGGACCUAACUGAGCCUAUAUUGUCAAGGUUUGAUGUGUUAUGUGUUGUAAGAGAUACAGUUGAUCCAGUCAUCGACGAGAAGAUGGCAAGGUUUGUUACCGGAUCCCACGUCAGACAUCAUCCCGCCAACAUGAUGAACCCAGACCCCAGUGACACGGAGCCUCAAAAUGAUGGGGUCAAACAGGGCCUCCUCAAGAAAUACAUCAUGUAUGCAAGAACGAAAAUAAAGCCGAAGCUGCAUUAUGUUGACCAGGAUAAGAUAGCUUCUUUGUACGCUGAGUUGAGAAGAGAGAGUAUGGCUACCGGCUCCAUUCCCAUCACAGUAAGGCACAUAGAGAGCAUGAUACGACUCUCUGAAGCACAUGCUAAGGUGCACCUGAGGGAGUAUGUUCGAGAGGAUGAUAUUAACAUAGCCGUUAGAAUCAUGUUGGAGAGCUUCAUUGACACUCAGAAGUUCUCCGUGAUGAAGAACAUGAAACACACCUUCUCCAAGUACCUGUCCUACAAGAAAGAUAACAACGAGCUGCUGCUAUUCAUCUUGAAGCAGCUUGCCAAGGAUCAGAUGGUAUAUUCUCGUUCCAGACAUGGUGGGGACAUACAGACUGUGGAUAUUUCAGCAGAGGAACUGGAGGACAAGGCCAGGCAGAUCAACAUUCACAACCUUCAGCCAUUCUAUGAGAGUGAUAUCUUCUUGGCUAACAGAUUCGUGCAUGAUAAGAAAAACAAAACCAUUCUCCUAACCAUGUAAAGUACAGAUGUACGAGCUUGUUGGUUGAUAUCAGUUCAUUAUUUUUGUUUACUCUCCGGUAACAAAUUCCAUGAGGUCAUUAUCAGCCAGUAGAAUAUUUGUAGGUUAUUUUUAUCCAUGACACUUGGUUCAUCCAUCGAUUAUGCAUACAUGACUGAGUUUCAUGAAACGUUAUUUAUUGAUACUAACUGUUCAAAUACAGUUUUCGGAUAUUAAUUUGUAAUACUAGCUGCAUCCAGCUUAGCUCAUCAGUCCAAAUGAGUUUUUAACUCUUGAAUUGCUUCAUUUUUAAAUUAUUUAUAAUUAAUUUUACCUUUUUAACAUGUUUUUAGCAAAUGAAAUGUUUAGUACAAGAAGUGUAAUUUUUGAUAGAACCUGGGAAGUUUUAAUGUUGCUUAAUACAUGCAAUUUCUUGGGGAUGACUACUUUCUAUUUCUCGUGAAUAAUGACCUUGAUUUUCUAAUAAUAAGUUAUUAUGUUACAUCGCCGGUUUGUCGUCUAUAAUAUGGAGUUUUAAUCACAUUUUAUCAGAAUAAGUUUUUCUGAACAAGGGCUUGGAAUUUUUAAGACUGAAUUUCAUGAUACUAUUUAUACAUUCAUAGUGGAUAAAGAUACAAUGUUUGACAAAACACAUUACACGAACUUCAGAAUGAAAUCUAAUAUUUAAAGUAUAUUUAUUACUAUAAUUUAAUAUGAAUUAAUAUGACAAUUCUAAUUGAAUUUAUUUGAUGAUAAUUACUUCGUAUUCUUGUAUUGUCUUUGGAAUAAAAUGAUGAAAUUAUGUUCAUAGAUUAUUAGUCAUUAGUCAUUACAGUAUAAUUAGGAUAGAUUAAUAUGAAGUUUUGCAAAGAGUAACCCAUGUUAUAUAAUAUCUUAUAAAACCUUUUUAACCUACCACAAUUU